CCAUUCCACGUCACGCGCAGCAGCAGCUGCAGCUCGACAGCGUCCGCCGCCGCCUCACUCAGAGAGGGCCAAACCUGCGGACAAGCCCGGCAACACAACUUCAAAAUGAUGGCUUCACUCACCUUGCUUUUGGGGUUGUUUGUCUUCAUUUUGGAACCAGUGGAGGCAGAGGCAACACAAAGCACCCUGGACCCUCUGGACGCUUCUUUUUGUCACGGCGGGCUGGAAGUAAUCUACCCAGAACUGGACAUCAACAAAUGCCUUAUGAUUCCAAAGAAUCACAAAUUCAGAGAGAAAAUCAGCACUGUUUGGAAAGCCCCGCAGAUCUACUUCCCUGGAGCAGAGAAGAAAAAGAUGUACGUCCUGGUGAUGGUUGAUCCUGAUGCUCCCAGACGCUCCCAGCACCCUGCUUACUGGAGGCACUGGUUGCUUGUGAACAUAAAGGGCUACUCACUGGAGAAAGGAAAAAUGCAAGGAAUGAUUCUUACUGAUUACCAUCCACCGACACCGCCGCAGAAGACUGGUUUCCACCGUUACCAGUUCAUGUUAUUUGAGCAGCCUCCUCACACAAAGAUAUCACUCACUGAAAAGGAGUCUUCCCGUGGUAAAUGGGAUUUUCAGGCCUUCGUCGAAAGGUUUAACCUCGGGGAACCAGUGGCUGCCUUGCAGUUUCUCACCCAGAACUUCAAGGACUAAAGGAUACUCAAGUACUUCUAUCAGAAGAGGAAUACAAUAGUAGUUAUACAAACUAAACAGUUUCUUCAUUUGUAUUGUUUCCCUGCUUAAACAGCAGAAAUUCUUCAAAGCUUGCGCCACUUUCUAUCUUAUCUGCGUUCAAGAGAUAUUUCCUCUGUGUGUUGCUCUGGCUGAAGGGUUUUUGAUGUCGCCCCGUAUCUCUGGUCUCGUGGUUGGGAGCAAAGGAUUCAGGAGAUAGAUUUAAACUUCACUGGGGAUUUCUUAAUAGUUUCCAAACACAGACGACAAGAGAAGGAAGACAGUGCUGAUAUCACAACUUAGUGUGGAAAGAGUUAUUCUAAUUCAGGGGCCGGAAACACGUCAGGGCCAAAAAAAGGAAGUGGGAGGUGAAACUAAGACCGCAGCUCAGCCGGAUGCUGCAGUGGAACUUGAACUAAAAUACUCUAGAGUGACAGGGCAAGGGGGAGGGGCUGUCAGGCCUGUCAUGCACCAAGUUAAGGGAACUUGCUGUUUGUGUCAUUGUUUAUCAUAUUUCCAUUGACCACUCUCACCUCGAUUGGAAACAGUGAGCUACUUUCAGGUAUCUGGUUUAUCUGAAGAAACAGCCGCUGAGUUUUUGACGUGUCCUUCAGUAUAACUUCAGGACAAUGAACCCAUUUUGAACUUGAGAGAGUUGCAUAAGAGCCUCACCUGGCAGGUCUGCAGAGGAUGGUGUGGGUAAACUUUUCAACCCAUCCACACUAAAAUGCUCUACAGACUUUACGGGUCUCUGUAGAGGAUGGGUCAGAGUCCCGUCCCCCACCCCCAUGAAGAAUAUUGGUUUCUAACCAGCAACUCUCCUCCCGGGAGUGUUUGUAUCAAUACCCCAGAUGUCUGAAAAAGGGUGGAUUUACAUGAGUGACUUUGAUGUUCUGAUGAUCAAUCUUUAGUUGGUGGUUUCAUUGACCCUAGUUUGGUGUCUCAUCAGUGGGAUAGGCAGGAGCAGGUAAAGGAGGCUUUCGUGCCUUUGGUGGAUAAGCCAGCCUUGGUAACCCCCAAUGUGCCCUCUCCAUGAACUCUGGAAGAUCAUUGAUCAAUUGUCCAGCAUGUGCUUUGUUUGCCUCCCAGACUCAGCAGUCAAAGCACCCAAGUUCACAAACAAAACAACCAAAACAAUACACACGGGCCCACAGUGAGCGAGAGAACCCACUGCUUUUGAACGCACAAUAAGUACCCAUCACUUCGAGUGUUGCUCCUGACCUUGAUUUGCUCGUCUUAUUUGACUUAUAAAAUCACAUUUCUAACAACUGGCAAGUCGAGGAUAAUUCCACACUCAUUGUGAAGCAUGCCAAGUAGGAGAGCAUUCUUCCAAAAAACACCUACUUGAAUCCAUCAGUACAAGACUGAAAUGCCAAGAUGUGCACUUCCAAAUGCACUGUGCAUUUUUUCCUGCUCCUUUAUGUUUUAGAGAUAUCCUGCCAAACCAGCUGGGUUUUGCCGUUCAGUUUCCUCGAACGUGUUUAUUUUUACUCCAAAUGUCAAGAGUUAAAUGUUAUGAUUAGUAAAAAUUGACAGUUAUAGUUCAUUGCUGGAGAGCAUAUAAGCUUCUCACUUUCCCUGAUGAUGUGAAUAAGGCUUUCAAGAUUUUCUUUAAUGAAGUCAAUAUUACCGCAGUUUAUCAUUUUUAUAAUAAGAUUAGUUGUCUCACUGGCAAAAGUGAUCCAAUAUGCAAGAUAAUACUAAGAAUUAUUUCAUCAGAGAAUUUCUGAGUUACUGCAUGUUGUUCUAGAAUGAAUUUGAGAGGAACAUCUGAUCAGUUAAUAUUCAUACAGUUUAUAUUUCCAUAUAUGACUGCACGUGUUGGAUGCAGUUCGAAUUCCUCAGGAGAUUUGAGUCCUGUCUCAGAGUAAAUUUUUUUCUUUUAUUCAUCCAUGUUUCUGGGUAACUGAAUCUGUUUUUUUUUUUAUCUAAGCACAUAUUUUUAUCCCAUCAUAUAAAACCCCAUAAAGAAGGUGACCUUUAACAUGUCUUCUGGUAAAACUAUUGGAAAAUUGUAACAAAAGUCUAGCCAAAAGCGUCUCUAAUUUUAUUUUAUUUUAUUUUUUUUUUUAGUUUUGUACGGAAAGUACUUUGCUUCCUAUUGCAUUCAACCACUUGCAUAUGUGGUUAUACAAAUCAAAUUCAUAAGUUUGUGCCUAAAUAAAAACCACACAGAGCACUGCACUGCUAUGCUGUGUGUAUACUCCUGCAGAACUCCUGCAUAUAUAUUGUAUAUCUGAUGCACAAAGUUUGUAGCUGCUGGACAAAACUAAACACUGUCAAACAAUAAUGUAACAAGCUGCUACUCCAGUAGGAAGAACUGGGCUGUCCUUCUAUAAGACUUGAGGUCUCCUAACCUCUUUAGAAACCAUCUCUCCUCCUUAGAUCUUUGAUACAUGUGGGUAACAUGCACCUGUACCACUUCAGCAUACAUACAUACAUACAUCAGUGAUUUGCAAAUGUAUCCCUACUUCUCCUGUUUGUUUUUUUUUCAAACCACAAAGUUUAAUGUUUGUCUGUGAAGUUUUAAAGAGAAAGUAGUUUGUUAUUUUUGAAGUGGAUGGAAAGUGAUGCAAGGUUUUCAAAAUCUUUGUUGUGUAAAAAGUUUCAAUUGUGUUCAGCCCCUUAGAGUCACUAUAUUGUAGGAGCCUUUGUUGCAAUCACAGCAGGAAGUCUUUUGGGAUUUUUGUCAAUCAGCUUUCCGUCUGUGAAUGUUAAAUGUUGUUGGUUGUCUAUACCUACGCAACACUUCCCUGUGAUGUAAGAAAUUGUGGAAGAAUUCAACGGGUAUAAUUACUGUUUCAAAUCGCUGUACACGUACAUCUAAACAAAUAAAGUAUAAUGGAAAAAAUGUUAUAUUUCGUGCCAUUCAUUUCAGAAAGUGAAACUCAACCAGUUUCAUUGUUUGAAAUAUUUUAAGCCCUUUAUUACUUGUAGCCUUGGUGAUUAUGUCUUAGGAUAAUUGAAACCCAACAUUCUGCGACUUAAAUAUUGGAAACUUGUGGUUUCACAUCGAUUAACUCAAAUACAUCUGCAACGGUGUCCUAGAAAUGGUCUCUCAUUCUGGGUCAGUCACUGAUGAUUUGACGUGCCAUUUCAUCUGCUGGUGUUGGCUCACUGUGUUUUCUAGUCAACCAUAAUAUCUUAAAGAACUUCAUGUUUUCCGCUGCUGACAAGAUCUAUGAAGAUGCUGAUUUCAUUUUCCAGCAGGACUUGGCAUCUGCCCACACUGCCAAAGGUACCACAACAAGGUUCAAUUACCAUGGUGUAAAUUUGCUUGACUGGUCGGCAAACUGGCCUGACCUGAUACAGAAUCUAUAGUGUUAUCAAGAGGGAGGCAAGAGACACAUACUGUUCAGAAGUCUAGCAUUCCUGUUUGAAAUAUUCUCUUAUUGAUCUUGUGUAACAGUCACAACUUUGAGGCAGUGAAUUCUCGGUUUUCAUUAUAUAUAAACCAUAAUCAUCAAAAUUACAAGUAAGAAAGGUCUACAAUAUUUCACUCCAUGUACAAAUAAUCUAAGUGUGACAAAAAUACUGAACUGUAUGAUAUCCAGAUUUUUUUUGAUGUACGUUUAUGUCAUCAUCUAUUACCAUAUGUCUGAUAAAUUAAUGAACCAGAAAAUUAAGGAGAAAGUUAACAGUGCACAAUCAUUUUAAGUAUUUUUGAAUGCAUAUUGUUUUCCAUAUUUUUAUUACAUUCUAUGUUCUGAAUAAAGUUGUAGAUUAUGCUGGUGGUCCGCGUUU